AUAAUGACCUUAGAUGAAGAUUCGGGAAGCAAGGUCAAUAAAUAGGAACAGGAUAAAACUGAAACCAAAAUUGAAAUGAUGGAGUCAGGCACAGAUUAGUCAGCAAAAUUUGGUUCACAGACUAUGAUAAACAUUAAUGUGACACAAGCUAACAUGACGACUGAUAAUGUGACACCAGGUAAUGUGACACCUGAUAAUGUCACACAAGUUAAUGUGACAUUGGAUGAUGACGAAGAACACAAUGACGCUGUUACUCCAGUGAUUUUGUUUGUCCUUUAUUUUCUCAUGAGUGCCUUGAUAAUUUUUGGUAACGUCUUAACAUUGGUGGUCCUCUGUAAGUUUAAGAGUCUCUACCGCAUAACUAAUGCCUUCAUCGCUAGCCUCAGUAUCGCUGACAUGAUCCUCGGAAUCUCGCUACCCCAGUGUGCAUUUGUAAACCAUACAAGAUUGAUCCGUGGAUUGAAUGAGAAUAAAUAUGCCUGUCUCUCAUGUAGAUAUUUUAAUACACUUUCUGCAAGUGUAUCAUUGUUUUCAAUCACAGCAAUUGCAGUUGAACGAUACAUGGCGAUCAUGAAGCCGUAUUUUUAUACACAGUACGCAACCAGGUGCCGAAUCAAUACUUUUGCUGUGGCUAUCUGGUUUUAUGGACUGGCACUUCAAACAAUAGCCUUUUUCGGGCUUCAACAGUGGAAUCCAAAUACAUACUGCUCCGUGAUUACGGUUCUCCCUAACUGGGCAUUCAAUUACAUCAUGCUCCCUCAUAUAAUCAUCUGUAUUAUUCUCUCAAUUGGACUAUACACCUGUAUAUUUUGCACCGCCUCUAGACACAGACGUCGCAUCUCUGUUCAGCACUCAGUUGCUGGAUUGACACCUGUCAAUCAAGAUACGAAACUUGCGCAGAUGAUGUGUUUAAUCUUGGGACUGUUUCUCCUAUGUUGGACACCGUAUUGGGUUUUAUCCGUUGCUAUAGCAACUAUGAAGCAUAAUUCACCAUAUGAACUACAGGUUGCAUAUCAAUUUUCAGUGUGUUUCCUCUAUGCAAAUAGUUUCAUGAACCCUCUGGUUUAUGGAUGGAAAAACACAGAAUUCAAGAGGGCGUACAAACAAACACUGUGUUGUUGCCGUGGAGACAAGAGCAUCACAAUUGACAGCCAUGACAUGUAUGAUAUAGGACCACCUUGCAGGCAUAAUGUUAACUAACCAUGGAAACAGGGAUAUAAGCAGGGAUGUCUGAGAAAGUGUCUCAUCUCUUUAUAUUAUCUUUAUCUUAUAUAUAUACAACCCAUUUUUUUUUAAUUAUGAGCAU